AUGUCGUUUCCUCUACGCAAUAUCGUCAUCGAUGAGACCCCUCCGCAGCUAUUCUAUGACAGCCCUGAAAGCAUACUGGACGCGUUUUCCGCUGGAUUAGCAUAUGUGAGACAGGUUUAUUGUCAGGCGAACCGGAUAUCCCUCAACGACUCUACUUACGUGUCCCAGACAUCAGAGUGUCUACACUUCUAUGUCAGGAUGGAUCUUUCGAGUUCAGAGACCUCACUCUGGGGCCUGGGCCGAAGAUGGCGUUUUUCUCUUCUUGUGGUGUCAGUCUUUGGAACUCGGAAGUACGAUACAAGGUUCGACUCACCGAAUUCCCGUCUGGGAAUAUCAUCUCCACCAACCCCAGGCCUGAAUAACAUCGCUACGUUCGCCCAAUCCCUCGAUCGACUCUCCGCUCUUGCGCUCCUGGUCCACUGUCCUGUUAAAGAAGAUGCAUUUCUUCCCUCGCAUGUGAUGAGGAGAAUGAACGUUAAUACCAGGGCGGUUGGAGUUAGGGUAUUUGAAUUAUCGUCAUCUUUUGGAGGAGUGAGUUGGUUACCUUCCUCCAAGUACGGCGAGAAGGAUGAUCCUAGAGACGACGAGUGGAAAGAGGCCGGUUUGGCUGCUGAGAGGGAUACAACAUAGGCCCAGAUCGUGCGAUAGUCUUUGGACAAAUCUGCCGUAUUCAUUAUGUUUCCGCUUUUCCUUCUAAUGAUUGACUAACCAGAUCCUCCAACACAAACAAGAUCGUCAAGAGCUCGUCUUCUUGCGCAUAAUGGAGCAGACGUUCUCAGCGUAGCAUUUUAGACCUCCAUUUGAUAGCUUCUUCGUAUGAAACUGGAUAUGUUUCUUUCCUGUGGCAUCGUGUGAUUUCUCGACGGAGGUUUUACGAAUUCGGAUCUGCUGUCUUCCCAGGAUGCUCUCUCCCGAAAACGUAGUCAAGGUUGCAUACUCUUUGCGCUCAUCAAGGGCCAAUAGCUGAUCUGUCUUAUCAGCGUGGUAUGGGUUCAAUUCCGGCCAAGAAAUACGGGCCUCGUUUUCCGUUCUUUCUUAGACCUGUGACCGGUCCCUACAUGAGCAAGCGUCGAUGGUAGGGACCUGUACGGCU